AUUUCGGCCUCUAUCAUGUAGCGUAGCUUCAAACACCCGAACAAGGAAGCUUCGAUUGUUUUGGUUUACUGACUGUCAGACUACUUUAGCUGUUGACCUGGCAACAAAAUGGGCUGGCUGAUCUGAGACCUAAGCUUGCCGGCAAUGGCAUUGGCUAAUCUUCUUCUUUUUUUCAACGGCUCAGGGAAACAGCAUGGUCGGACCCUAACUGAUCUAAAGUUUUGGGGUAAAAACGAGCACCAUGCUCUCUGCACUAGAGUGAGCUGAUAACGCUGAAAAACAUUAAAAACAAACACAUCUUCUCGUAUUCCAAACACCAUGUUCACAUGCACUCGCCAUUAUUUCAUAUGUAAACAUAGCUGAGUAGCUGUAAACACAGUUUACUGUUUCCUCUCUGCUGGCGGACAGACCCGCCCGCGUGUACCGGCUGUGUCGGCCGCCGUGGUCCCUCCCGGCAGAUGGCCCCCGCAGUGCCGUCUCAGGCCCGGACACCUCGGACAGCUAAUAGUUGCCAGCAGAGGACCCCGGAGCGGAGGCCCGGUUCGUCAGACUCGCUGUGUGGAACGUGUUGCAGAUCCCGGCUCCUGACUCUGAGCUGUCAGCCAUGUCUGUGGAGGGCUACCUGCCGCAGGACGAGCACUUUGCCACGCGCGUGGUGCACAGUGGCCUGGACGAGACGUGUAUACCGCACGGCGCCAUCGUGCCGCCCAUCACACUGUCCUCCACGUACCGCAUGAAGCCCGGCGGCGCGUGGGACGAGUUCGUUUACUCUCGCCUGGGAAGCCCAUCAAGACUGAUCAUUGAAAAGGCCAUCGCAAAGCUGGAAGAUGGAAAAUACGGGCUGGCGUUCAGCGCCGGCCUGAGCGCCGUCAAGGCGGCCACCAUGCUGCUCAGCGCCGGCGACCACAUCGUCGUCAGCGACGACGUCUACGGCGGCUCGACGACGCUCUGGAGGCACCACACAGAGCGGACCGGCAUCGUCUUCAGCUACGUGGACGCCCGGAACGCCUCCCUCAUCGAGAGCGCCAUCACUCCGCAGACCAAGAUGGUUUACCUGGAGACGCCGUCGAACCCGACGAUGAAGAUCGCUGACCUGGAGGCGGUGGUGGCCGUCUGCCGCCGACACCCGGGCAUCAUCACCGUCUGUGACAACACCUUCAUGUCGCCCUACUUCCAGCGUCCGCUGAACUUUGGCAUCGACAUUGUGAUCGAGUCGAUCACAAAGUAUCUGAACGGUCACUCUGACGUGGUGAUGGGCGCUGUGGCCACCAACAGAGAGGACCUCUACGAACGGCUGAAGCUCAUUCAGAUCGAUUCCGGCAUGGUGCCGGGCCCGUUCGACUGCUACAUGGCCUUCCGCGGUAUGCGCACCCUGCACGUGCGCAUGCCGCAUCACAUGCGUGGCGCACUGCACGUGGCCAAGUUCCUCGAGGACCAUCCGCACGUGGAGAGGGUGCUCUACCCCGGCCUCGAGUCCCACCCGCAGCACGAGCUGGUGAAGCGGCAGGCCUACGGGUGCAGCGGUAUGCUGAGCUUCUACAUUCGUGGCGGUCGGCCCGAGGCCAUGGAGUUUUUCCGCCAGCUGAAGCUGUUCACCAUGGCCGGCAGCCUGGGGGGCUACGAGAGUCUGGCCGUGGGACCCACGUUCUCGACGCAUGUGCGGAACUCGAAGGAGGAGCUGGACAGUCUCAACAUCACCGGAGCCAUGGUGCGUCUGUCGAUCGGCCUCGAGAGUCCGUCUGACCUCUGCGCCGACCUGGACCAGGCGCUGCGGGCCGCCUGUGCCGAGCGCUCGGAGGGCGGCGGCUCGACCAGCGCCGCCGCGGGGAACGGCGGCUCGGCUGGUGUGGCCGAGUGAAGAAGCCGCCACGCCAUGAGCUGUGUGACCGAGUGGAGGGGUGUCACACCGGACAGUGCAGUGACUGAGUGGAGGUGGUCUGACAGGUCGUAGGGGCGAGGUUGCGAAGGUAUUUACCGGUUCAACAUCAACAGCACACUGGUGAUCUGUACUGUACAGUGUUGCAACCGAGGAGUACCUACUCGGGAGAUGUUUAGUGGUCGACGUAUACCUCUCGUAUGCGGAGAGUCAUUUGGGGGUGCUGUAACAGCCUGCAAAAGGCAUUAGUACUUUUGUCAAUGCAUUGGUUUGGACGUGCGUGUUUUUCAAAUAAACUGAUAGAUAAAUAACUCCUGAUCAGUGCCGAAGGGACAUUCACAUCCCGUAACGAGGCUAGGUUGACUUAGGUCCUAUAUUUUCUGGUCGUCGUUACUCACUCAGCCCAAACUCCAAAGCGAAGUGGCUGCAGAUUUCACAAAUAGAAAAGAGAUGCAUUUGUGGCUCGAAGUUCCAAUACGAACCUUACCCGACCCAAAUAUAUGGAUAUGCACGUCACUGCACAGCAAACGUGUGAGCUG